CAUGACCUUCUGCAAUGCCAAAUACUGCAGCAAUGGUACACACAACAGCGAGGGCUACAGCCCCACCACUUCCUGAAGUUGCAACAUCCAGCAGGAGAAACGGAAAAUGGGUGUCUCCCUCUCUGGUUCCCUCUUCCUCGCCCGCUUCUCCUCCUCUGGUGAGGUUGCUUGUCUCCUUCCUUAAUGGAUUCGUCUUUCUCAUCCGGUUGGAGUGCUUGGCUGCUGGUUCUCUUGGUUCGUCAGUGUUUUGUUUGGCUUUCUGAUUGGUUGGUGAGUUCCCCUCACCUUGUUCCUUUUGGCUUCCAAGGCUUAAGUUUUGCAGUCCUCUCUGCAAAUGGAUUUCUCUCGUUUGGAUUUUGGCUCAGGAUUGGCUUUUCAAGCCAAGGUUCAAGAUAUUUUUGAUCUCCCGGUGGUCUUUUCCCUGGAUCGAGGUCACAAGUUCUUUCUGCUAGCCUCCUUUGGUCGCUGCAAAUUUCGUCUGUCAGAAGAUUCUGUUGGUCACCUGCUUCAAUCUUGCUUGGGAGGCUCUGCUAAUUCUUUCCAUGUCCUCCAGAUCAGCGAUUGAGUUUUCAGAUUCUCAGUUUGUACAAAGAAAGUUGGCUUUUACAUCUUUCAUAAUAAGUCGUUUGAAUGUGAUAGUUUCAAGGUCUAUUUUCACCUCUGGCGUGAUGGUGGUGCUCACUGGGCUAAGAAUCUGCUUCCUGGGAUCAUGAGCAAAAUUCUGAAUGGAUUAAUUUAUCCAGGAAACCUUCUAGCAGGAAGGCAUCUUAUGCUGAAGCGAUUAAAUCCUUUAUUCCAGAUUUUUCUGAUCGCCCUGGAAAAUCUUCUCGUUCUUCCGCCCUGCACCCAGGCAACUCAAUCGCAGCAGUUUUAACAGGAGCUAAUGCUGUUCCUCUGGCCACUAAUAUGCUUCAGGAUUCUGGGUUGAUUAAGAACAAAAAAUCAGUUUUUGAUCGUCUGUUUUUCCAAAAAAUCAGUGUUUUGAUCGGCUGAAUUUUCUUGAUCUGGAGAGGAACCAAUUUGCCUCUCUUGGUUCAAAUUUCGGGUCUUCAGCCUUGCCUAGUGGCCUAGUGCUUUGAAGAGCCUUUAUUCGCAAACGAGUACUUGCUCACUGGUAAGAUUCGAAUUGAGUUUGCACCCUAUUAAAAGAUCUCCAAAGAAACCCGAGGUAAGAGAUCCAGUGUUAAAAAAAACGAAAAGACUUGUUUUCGACCGUGCAGACGCUGUCUGGACGGUACGUACGCUCCAUCUACCGUCCAAUUGACAUCCGUCGCCGGCAUGUUCGUGAGAGGCGUCUGGUCCCACUCGGACAUAUCGACGCACGAUUCAAACAUUGGGAGGCGCGCCCGGACAUUUCGUCGUCUGCUUUCUCUCUCUAGGUUUAUCUCUCUGGCUCUCUCUCACUCGCAGGCGAUUUCCCUUCCCCCUCCUCAAAUAGAUUGUCUAUGGUUCGGUUUCAGUGUUUGAUCUAGUGCGAGAAGUCGGAAUUAGAAGCGGGGGAAGGUCACACAGGAAGCAGAUUGGAAGCGGGGGAUCUUCGCGCACUAAGUCGAGCUGGUUCGUUUCGUCACGCGUCUCUAUCAGGUUCAUGUUUCUGUUUCUCUCUCUAGCUCUCUCUCACUCCCGGGCGAUUUUGCUUCCCUUCCCCAAAUCGUUUUAAUAGGGUCUGUUAUUUGGUGUUUUGAUGUAGUUGUAGUCGAAAUCGGAAGCGGGGGAAGGGCACACAGGAAGAUGGGGGUUUCUGAUUUAGCCCAUCGAUUGUAUUGAGCAAGCUUUUGUGUUCAUCGAGCGACCGUAUUGAGGUAAUGGCAAGGAUAAAUGGGAAGAAAAAGGAUAUUCCAUCUUCUUCGCGUAGCAAUCAUGUUGGGAAGCGCAAAUAUGGGGAUGCUAGAAAUAGAGCUUCACCAGCAAGACUUGUCAAAUUGUACAAAACUAUGUCACCUGAGCAGCGAAACAUGAUAGAAGGCAUUGCGUUUGGUGGGUUGCUUAAUAUCGGAACCAAUGUGUUGCCUGUUGAUCUAACAAAGUGGGUGAUAAGUACCUUCCAAUCUGAAACAAGUGAACUUGUGAUACCUGGGAGAGGGAGGGUGAGUGUUGCAGCUGAAACAGUUCACAAGAUUUUGGGUCUGCCAAGGGGAGGGAAUAAGGUGAUCUAUGACUUCGAUGUUGAAGCCAUCAAUUUCAUUCAUGAGGAAUACCAAAUUGAUGAUGGUGUGGCACCUCAGAUCAAAACAAUUGUGAAAAGACUUCAAGACAAUAAGAAUGCAGAUGAGGAUUACCUUAGGUCUUGGCUUAUAUUGUCUAUGUCCACAUUCUUAUGCCCAACCACUUGUUUGUUCAUUAGCCCAAAGUGUUAUCCUGCCUUGCGCGAUUUAUCAAAAGUCAAGGAGCUUAAUUGAUGUCAGUUUGUGGUUGAUUCAUUGAAAACUUCUGUACAUGAAAUGCAGACCAGGAAUUCUGUCAAGGGUUGCCUCUUCUUUCUUGUGGUAUUGUACCUUGACUCAUUGGAUGUUCCAAAUGUCCAAAUUCUUGGUGGUCUUCCAAGAGUUGCAACUUGGAAGAAGGCACUGAUUGAUAAGGUUAUCAAACUUGAUACUAAUAUAGACGGCACCUUCGGGAAACUAAAAGAAUUAUAACUCGGACAGAUGGAAGACAUUGAGAGAUUUGUUGCAUCAAAGGUCAAACCAAGUCUCUCAUCUCAGAAAAAGAGGAUGCUAUCUCAUGCUGUCAGCAAAGUUUGUAUAGGUAUCACAGAGCUUGUGGGAAACUUCUUAGGAGAGGUCUCUGAAAUAAUUGAAGGAGACAAUCCCAUGGAUCAAAGUGAAACAACACUUAGAAGAUCUAAGCGGACAAAAAUCAGCGAAGAAGAUAAAGAUAAUGUUGAUGAAACAUCUUUGGAUUCUGAUUAUGAAGAGGAAGAAGAAUAUGACGAUGAAGAUUAUGAAUCAAGCCAAGACAAUGUGAGUGAUGAGGAGGAGCAGGAUUCAGGUGCAAAUGAAGGCAGAGAUGUAGAAGAUGAAGAAUUGGGUCAGGAGGGAAACCCAGCUAAUGAUGAUGGAGGAAAAGAACCAGAUGACAGUGAAGGUAAUGAAGAGAUUGAAGUUCCACUUGUCCAGAGAUCAAGGAAGAGCAAGGUUAUGGAAUCAGGGCACAUUGAGCCUCAUAAGGAGCAGAUUGAAGUUCCACCUGUCCUUGUUCAAAUGGAGCCAAGCCUCACAAGGAUAUGGAAUCAGGGUACAGUGAGCAUCAACGAUAAUGCUGAAGCCUGUCCUCAACCUAUAGCUGUCAUCCCUAAUAAAAAUGCAACUAGCGAAGAUGUGAGAGUUGAUUACCAAGGUAAAGGACUUGCAAAGAGCAGGUGGCUAAAGUUGAAGCUGCCCGAGACAACUGGAACUUCAUCAAACAUUGCUACAAGCAACUCAUGGGAUUUCUCGCCCCCCGAUUGCAACAUUAUGAAGUUCAUUGACAGUGGUUCGCAACAAGGUGAAGUUGCAGUUCAUUUUAUAGAGAAAGAUUGCAUGGCAGAUUGUACUAAGGAAGUUCCUGAAGCAAAAGGCCUUCCACUUGAACAAGGCUCCGCUACACAUAGCUGGUUAGAUGAUUUAUCUUCUGAGGAGCUAGAUAAGCUUUUACAAGAUGCUGAAAGGUAGAGGCAAGUUCGAAUUGAUGAGUCUUGUUCAAGGAACAUGAACUUUCAUGACAAAUCUGUAGCAAGCAUCCAAAAAAACAUUAAAGUGUCACUAAUUGAAGACCUUCAAGACAGAACCCCAGCACCAAGUGUUCAUGAACCUCCUAGUGGAGCAAGCAUUUCUGGUACAGCUACGUUUGAACUUCAGCCAAAGAGGAUGUACAAGGUGCCAGCUGCAUUGCGGUCUCCAUAUAUUGAUUACAGCAGCAAGAAUACUUUCAAGUGCAGUAAGGAGAUAUGCAUGGUAUACAAUAUUGUGUGCCGAGCUAGUGUAAGGUCUACAAGGUCCAGCCAAAAUUCUAGCCCAGAAAACCUUAUUAUCAUCAACUACUUCUCCUACUUCGUUAGUUUGGCUCAUCUUUCAGAGUCUGUUAGACCAAAGGGGAAGCUACUGAACACUGUUGCUGAAAUUGGAAUCUAUGCACUGAAUAAUUUCAAUAGAAGGAACCAGAUAAAACGAAUACUGCUAUUAAGAGUUGCUACUUACCUGCAAGACGGUCAAAUAAACCACGCUGAAGUCAAAAGGGUAUUCCAAAGACGUAUACAACAUUUGGAUCAUUUUCAAAUGGUCUUGUUCCCUGUCCUUCAAACAUUGACACCAAAAGGGCUGGAUGAAAAAGUUGGCCACUACUUGCUUUUGGUUUUGAACUUGCGGGCAAAGCGUUUUGAGGUGCUUGACUCCAUGAGGUCUCUAAAUGAUGAAAAGCUAGCAAGUUGCUGUGCCAUCCUUGUAUCACGAAUCAAGGAGUGCUGGAAAAUAUUCUACCAAGACACAAAGAAGGAAAUAGACACCUAUGAAGUAAUAGACAUUCAGGUCCCUUUGCAGACCAAUGACCAAGAUUGUGGAUUCCAUAUGCUUAUGCAUUGUGAAUAUUGGGACGGUCGAGUCCUACCUACAUUCAAGGAAGAAUAUAUGCCAAAUAUUCCUAAGUUGCUGACAUACAAAUGGCUCAACCACCCUGAAAAUAACGUGAAUUGGAAGCGCAAGCUAAAAAUAGAAUAGGGAGCACUUUUGUGUUUCAUGCAAAUCAACAGCCAGCAGUAAGGUACAAAAAAUAGUCACUGCAAUGAUUGUUGUAUAUGCAUUAUGCAAGAAAAAGAAUCUACUCAUUUGGGAUCAAGCAUAAUUGUGCAGAUUUCGGUCAAAAAUAUGUGAGGAAGCUUUUCGAACUUGUGCCUAGAUUUAUGUGCUGUGAAAACUUGCAUGUUAAUCUAUCAUGCAUAUGAAUGGGGACAAUUUAACUUGAUGGUCAGAUCUGAAAAACAGAUCUACAGUAUUAAUGUGCUGUGUUGUUAGGAAAAAAGAUUUUAAUGUUGA